AUGAGAGUUGAACGAUGCACUCCUGCGGCGUGUUUUUUCUUACUGCUUGCAUCGGGUGUUUUUCUUGGUACUUGGAAGAACGCCCGGACUUUACCAGCCCUGCGCGAAUUUACAAGCUCAGUUCCAGGUCCAGCUCCAGCUCCAGCCGUUGAUGCCCUGGCAAGUCCACAAACCAUGCAGGCGGUGGACAUCUCCCCAACGGUCCCUCCAACCCAGUCAGAAUUUGACUUCACGCACGUUCAAGAUCUACUUGCAGGCAUCGUCGGGUCGCAGGGGCCGGCGCCGACGCAGACGCAAAUGGAAGAGACCUGGAGGCCGCCUUCGCCCGCGAGUGUCGCGGCUGUAACAGCGACGACAACGGCUCCAACGCCUGUAACGGCUCCGGCUCCGCCCCUUGGCACAGAGCCUCUGCGAAAAACUUUGAAGUUUAUACAUAUUACCAAGACUGGUGGGACGGCCAUCGAACAGUGGGGGAAAGAGCAUGGCCAUCGCUGGGGUAUGUAUCACAAGGAGUACAAGGUGCCUGGCAGGUAUCCGCCAGCACCAUGGCACCACUUCUUCCCUGAGUUAGACGCGGAGCUGCGGCAUCGAUACGACUGGUUCAUGGUGGUUCGAGAUCCUGUGGACCGGGUGAUCUCCGAGUACUAUUGUCCUUGGGCAGGUUCCCCGAGUGUCAAGACCGACACAGUGCAAGAUUUCAACCGCUUCAUUUUGCGAGGCCUGCGUGACAAACAGAUGUGGGCGACGUACCACUGGGCGCUCAUGUCCAGCUACCUGGACAGCACGUCAGUUCAGCACGUUUUGAAGAACGAGAAUUUGGAGUCCGACUUUGGGAAGUUGCUGCGGAUCUAUGGGAUCCCUUUCGACCGGCUGUACAGAACGAACAAAGCGAGAGUUGGAGGACACAAGUUCGGUCGUGAACACCUCUGGCAAGAGACGAUUCUGCAGAUUUGCGAAACCUACGCGGACGACUUUGAGGCUUUCAACUACAGCAUGCCUUCGCUGUGCUCGCCUGCAAGAUGA